GCUUAUGAACUUAAUGGCUUGUUUUCUGUGCUGAUGUUGGCCUGGAUCUUCCUACCCAUCUACAUUGCUGGUCAGGGUCUGGCUUUGUCCCCAGGAUGGAAUGCAGUGGUGCAAUCUUGGCUGACCUGGUCUCCCCAGCCUCCCCAGCAGCUAGGACCACAGAUGCAAGUCACCACACCCAGCUAAUUUUUGCAUUUUUUUUUUUAGUAGAAAAUACAAAAAUCCUGCCAUGUUACCCAAGCUGGUCUCGAACUCCUGGGCUCAAGUGAUCUGCACACCUCAGCCUCCCAAUCCGAGUAGCUGGAAUUACAGGCAUAAGCCACCAUGCCCAGCCUAUGUUUCUGCUUUUUGCUAAAAAAUAAAAAUAAAAAUAAAAGUAUAUAGCUCAUGCCUGUAAUCCUAGCACUUUGGGAGGCCAAAGCAGGCAGAUCACUUGAGCCUAGGAGUUCGAGACCAGGCUGGGCAACAUGGUGAAAACCUGUCUCUACUAAAAAAAUACAAAAAUUAUCCAGGCAUGGUGGUAAGCACCCGUAAUCCCAGCUACUCAGGAGGCUGAGGAGCCAUGAGAAUUGCUUGAGCCCGGGAGGCAGAGGAUGCAGUGAGCUGAGAUCACACCACUGCACUCCAGCCUGUAAGACAGAGCGAGACCCUGUCUCAAUCAUAUAUAUAUAUAUAUAUUUUUUUAAACUAUAUAUAUAUUUUAAAAUCAUGUAUAUGAUUCAGUGGUUUUUUUUCUUCCUUUGCACACAAAACUAUAAUAAUUGAGCUAUUUCUGACUGGUACAAAAUGUCAACGUUUUAGUUACAAAAUAAUGCUACUUUUGACUCUUUGAAAAGCAUUGUUUUGUGGGGUUUUUUUUUUUUUUUUUUUGACAGAGUUUUGCUCUUGCCCAGGCUGGAGUGCAAUGGUGUGAUCUCGGCUCACUGCAAACCUCUGCCUCCCGGUUUCAAGCAAUUCUUCUGCCUCAGCCUCCCAAGUAGCUGGGAUUACAGGCGCCCACCACCACCCCCAGCUAAUUUUUGUAUUUUUAGUAGAGAUGGGGUUUCACCAUGUUGGCCAGGCUGGUCUGGAACCCCUGAUCUUGUGAUCCACCCACCUCGUAAUCCUCCCAAAGUGCUGGGAUUACAGGCCUGAGCCAUCAUGCCUGGCCUGAAAAGCAGUUUUUAAAAAAUCAUCUAUGAUCUCACUGGCAGCAUUGUAUCAUUCAUACUUUCUAACCUUUAUUCUGUUCUAGAUGUUCUAUUGCACAUGGCAAGAUCACACAAUAUCACAGUGUUGUUCAUAAAGCAAUAACUGAUUUUAGCUUUUUAUUAUGGAAAUAUUAAAAAAUAUGCAAAGUAGGCUGGGCAUGGUGGCUCAUGUAUGUAAUCCCAGCACUCUGGGAGGCCGAGUUGGGUGGAUUGCUUCAGGCCAGGAGUUUGAGACCAGCCUGGGCAACAUGGCAAAAUCCCAUCUCUACCAAAAAUACAAAAAUUAGCUGGGUGUGGUGACGCACACCUAUAGUCUCAGAUACUCAGGAGGCUGAGGCAGGAGGAUUAGGAUCACUUGAGACCGGUAGGUUGAGGCUACAGUGAGCCAUAAUUGUGCCACAGCACUCCAGUCUGGGGGACAGAAUGAGACCCUGUCUCAAACACACACACACACACACACACACACACACACACACACACACACACAAGUAGAAAAAGCUUAGGAAUCAGAAAUCAUGUUAAAAAUCCUUCUGGCUGGAUGCAGUGGCUCAUGCCUGUAAUCCCUGCACUUUGGGAGGCCAUGCAGGGAGAAUCACUUGAGUCCAGGAUUUCAAGACCAGCCUGGGCAACAGAGCAAGACCUCAUCUCUACUAAAAAUUUUUUUUAAAUUAGCCGGGCCUGGUGGCGAGUGCCUGUGGUCCCAGCUACUCCGGAGGCUGAAGUGGGAGGAACACUUGAGCCCAGGAGUCGGAAGCUGCAGUGAGCUAUGAUCACGCCACUGCAGUCUAGCCUGAGUGACAGAGAAUAGUUCAAUUCUGUAUUAAGGGCAGGGAUAUAUGGGUAAGUAACCUCCCUUGGAGGUAAUCCCAAAAGUCUAAAAGCAAGACCUUUGGUGAGCAGGGGGCCUGAGUCUGCUCCUGACCCCUGCGGCUAGCUCCCAUGUAGACACAGCAUCUGAGGUAUAACAACACUGGACUGGAAAUGAAGCUCUCCGAGUCAAGGCAUCAAGAAAGUUAUUGAGCACCUACUACAGGAAGGCAUAUAUGAUGGUAGAGAUGCAGGUCACCACGAUGCCAGAAUACCUACGGAAGCGCUUCGGUGGCAUCAGAAUCCCCAUCAUCCUGGCUGUACUCUACCUAUUUAUCUACAUCUUCACCAAGAUCUCGGUAGACAUGUAUGCAGGUGCCAUCUUCAUCCAGCAGUCUUUGCACCUGGAUCUGUACCUGGCCAUAGUUGGGCUGCUGGCCAUCACUGCUGUAUACACGGUUGCUGGUGGCCUGGCUGCUGUGAUCUACACGGAUGCCCUGCAGACGCUGAUCAUGCUUAUAGGAGCGCUCACCUUGAUGGGCUACAGUUUCGCCGCGGUUGGUGGGAUGGAAGGCCUGAAGGAGAAGUACUUCUUGGCCCUGGCUAGCAACCGGAGUGAGAACAGCAGCUGCGGGCUGCCCCGGGAAGAUGCCUUCCAUAUUUUCCGAGAUCCGCUGACAUCUGAUCUCCCGUGGCCGGGGGUCCUAUUUGGAAUGUCCAUCCCAUCCCUCUGGUACUGGUGCACGGAUCAGGUGAUUGUCCAGCGGACUCUGGCUGCCAAGAACCUGUCCCAUGCCAAAGGAGGUGCUCUGAUGGCUGCAUACCUGAAGGUGCUGCCCCUCUUCAUAAUGGUGUUCCCUGGGAUGGUCAGCCGCAUCCUCUUCCCAGAUCAAGUGGCCUGUGCAGAUCCAGAGAUCUGCCAGAAGAUCUGCAGCAACCCCUCAGGCUGUUCGGACAUCGCAUAUCCCAAACUCGUGCUGGAACUCCUGCCCACAGGGCUCCGUGGGCUGAUGAUGGCUGUGAUGGUGGCGGCUCUCAUGUCCUCCCUCACCUCCAUCUUUAACAGUGCCAGCACCAUCUUCACCAUGGACCUCUGGAAUCACCUCCGGCCGCGGGCAUCUGAGAAGGAGCUCAUGAUUGUGGGCAGGGUGUUUGUGCUGCUGCUGGUCCUGGUCUCCAUUCUCUGGAUCCCUGUGGUCCAGGCCAGCCAGGGCGGCCAGCUCUUCAUCUAUAUCCAGUCCAUCAGCUCCUACCUGCAGCCGCCUGUGGCGGUGGUCUUCAUCAUGGGAUGUUUCUGGAAGAGGACCAAUGAAAAGGGUGCCUUCUGGGGCCUGAUCUCGGGCCUGCUCCUGGGCUUGGUUAGGCUGGUCCUGGACUUUAUUUAUGUGCAGCCUCGAUGCGACCAGCCAGAUGAGCGCCCGGUCCUGGUGAAGAGCAUUCACUACCUCUACUUCUCCAUGAUCCUGUCCACGGUCACCCUCAUCACUGUCUCCACCGUGAGCUGGUUCACAGAGCCACCCUCCAAGGAGAUGGUCAGCCACCUGACCUGGUUUACUCGUCAUGACCCCGUGGUCCAGAAGGAACAAGCGCCACCAGCAGCUCCCUUGUCUCUUACCCUCUCUCAGAACGGGAUGCCAGAGGCCAGCAGCAGCAGCAGCGUCCAGUUCGAGAUGGUUCAAGAAAACACGUCUAAAACCCACAGCUGUGACAUGACCCCAAAGCAGUCCAAAGUGGUGAAGGCCAUCCUGUGGCUCUGUGGAAUACAGGAGAAGGGCAAGGAAGAGCUCCCGGCCAGAGCAGAAGCCAUCAUAGUUUCCCUGGAAGAAAACCCCUUGGUGAAGACCCUCCUGGACGUCAACCUCAUUUUCUGCGUGAGCUGCGCCAUCUUUAUCUGGGGCUAUUUUGCUUAGUGUGGGGUGAACCCAGGGGUCCAAACUCUGUUUCUCUUCAGUGCUCCAUUUUUUUAAUGAAAGAAAAAAUAAUAAAGCUUUUGUUUACCACAAGGCUUCCAAGUGUUUAUAGACCAUUUUCAACAUGACACUUAGCUCUUUUCUUUUUUCUUUUUUUGAGACAGUGUCUCGCUCUGUCACCCAGGCUGGAGU